UCGCCCCGUCCGGCCCCGCGCGCCGCCCGCAGCGCCUGCUCCCCUCGCCAUGGCGGCGCCGUCGCGGCUCCUGAUCCGCGGGGGGCGCGUGGUCAACGACGACUUCUCGCAGGUGGCGGACGUCCUGGUGGAGGACGGCGUGGUACGGGCGCUCGGGCGCGACCUGCUGCCGCCCGGGGGCGCGCCCUCGGGGCUGCGGGUCCUCGACGCAGCCGGCAAGCUGGUCCUGCCCGGCGGCAUCGACACGCACACGCACAUGCAGUUCCCCUUCAUGGGCUCGCGGUCCAUCGACGACUUCUACCAGGGCACCAAGGCUGCCCUGGCAGGAGGCACCACCAUGAUCAUCGACUUUGCCAUUCCUCACAAAGGCCACUCCCUCCUCGAGGCCUUCGAGACCUGGCGAGGCUGGGCGGAUCCCAAAGUCUGCUGUGACUACAGCCUUCAUGUGGCGGUGACAUGGUGGAGUGAACAGGUUAAAGAAGAAAUGAAAAUCCUUACCCAAGAUAAAGGUGUGAACUCUUUCAAGAUGUUUAUGGCCUACAAAGAUCUGUACAUGGUGAGAGAUAUGGAGCUGUACGCGGCCUUCUCUCGGUGCAAGGAAAUUGGCGCAAUCGCUCAAGUUCACGCAGAAAAUGGAGACCUAAUUGCAGAGGGAGUGAAGAAGAUGCUGGCACUGGGGAUCACAGGUCCUGAGGGCCACGAGCUGUGCCGCCCAGAAGCAGUGGAGGCGGAAGCCACGCUGAGAGCCAUCACCAUAGCCAGCGCCGUGAACUGCCCCCUCUACGUCGUGCACGUGAUGAGCAAGUCCGCGGCAAAGGUGAUCGCAGACGCCAGGAGAGACGGGAAGGUGGUCUAUGGAGAGCCCAUAGCAGCGAGCCUGGGCACUGACGGCACGCACUACUGGAGUAGAGAAUGGCACCACGCAGCCCACCACGUCAUGGGUCCACCCCUGCGACCCGACCCUUCCACGCCUGACUUCCUCAUGAAUCUCUUGGCUAAUGAUGACCUGACCACAGCUGGGACUGACCACUGCACUUUCAACACCUGCCAGAAAGCUCUCGGGAAGGAUGAUUUUACCAAGAUUCCCAAUGGAGUAAAUGGUGUCGAGGACCGGAUGUCAGUAAUAUGGGAAAAAGGCGUGCACAGUGGCAAAAUGGAUGAGAACCGAUUUGUAGCAGUUACCAGCACAAAUGCGGCUAAAAUCUUUAAUCUCUACCCAAGGAAAGGAAGAAUUGCUGUAGGGUCAGAUGCUGACAUUGUGAUCUGGGACCCAAAAGCCACAAGGACCAUUUCAGCAAAAACACAUCAUCAGGCUGUUAACUUCAACAUCUUCGAGGGCAUGGUUUGCCAUGGCGUGCCCCUUGUGACUAUUUCAAGAGGCAAAGUGGUGUAUGAAGAUGGAGUGUUCAGUGUCACAGCAGGACACGGGAGGUUUAUCCCUCGUCAACCCUUUGCGGAAUACAUUUACAAACGGAUCAAGCAGCGGGACCAGACCUGCACACCUACCCCUGUGGAGCGUGAACCCUAUAAGGGAGAAGUCGUCACACUGCAAUCUAGUGGGACAGAAGGCGACUCCGCAGAUGGGACCAGGAAACCGGCCCACCCCUGAGCUGGGUGCCGUCAGUAAGGGAAGGUAAAAUCAGAGAAAAGGAUGCUGCUGUUCCCAUCACAGCUAAAUGUUGUUCAGCCGGUGGAGAAGCAGGCCUUAUUUCAACUCCCCAAGAUCCUUUUGAGAAAAUAAUCACUCGAGACCUCUUUGAUUUCCUUUCAGAAGCAAUUGUUGUCUUUCUCACUGUGACUUUGUUGCUGUGUAAGAUUGAAGAUAGAAAUGAAUAUUAUUGUGAUGGAAAGUCUGUGUGAAAAUUCAUUGAUGACACUUUAAAAUGUCAUCUUUGCUUGUACUAGAUUUCUUACUUUGAAUUUUUAGAAAUCACUUUCUUGUUGAAAGUGUUUAAAAUAGCUAACUGUGAUUUUGCAUUCUAUUGUGAUUCAUAAAUAUUUAGAUUUUCAUUGUAAUUAGUAAGCAUUUAGAUCUUCAUUUUAUAUCCUGUUAUCUGAGUUAUGUGUGCCUUCUUUUAACUAGUGGGAUUGGGACUCUGGGAGGUUGGUUUUGAUUCAAAAGCAUAACUUCCUGAGAGACAUCUGCUUCCGCAACUCCUGGAAAUCAGGUCCCUCAGCAAACCCCAUGUAAUCAAACUGGAUCCUCAACCUUAGAAUAACUCCAAGGCAAAUUAUCCAACCACACUGAUGAACACAGGAUUUGACGGAAUUAAACGGAAUCAGCGAGGCUGAAAGGUGCUACCGUGAUACCCUCCUCUCCUCCGCAUCCUGGUCUGUCCUGGGAUCCUUCUGUGUGCAAAGAAGCUGAGCUUAUAGUUUCUUCUCCUGGGUAACUAGGCCAAGAGGGAUUUUAAAAACAUGAAGUAAAAUCAGGGCAAUUAUGUUCUCACUGCAGGUACAUCUGCCCCUGACUCACUCACUUAGAUCUGGGGUGUAUUCAUGCUUUUGAUGGACAGUAGUAGGAACCCAGUUUAUGCAACUGUAAUUCAUUUUGAACCCAGUAAAAAGGAUAAUGAACUACAUCUAGAGAAAAAUCACAAUUCUUUUUUCUCAGGUAAGAGAUACCUUAAAAUAUCUUAUUACUUUUCUCCUCAACUUUGGUUGACAAUAAAAACUCAACAGUUAAGAUGACUGAAUCCUCUGAAAAGGAAGAAUUAAAUUGCUUUCUUAUCUAGAAGCCAAUGCCCACUCAUCCUUUAGAAUUCAACUUAAAUAGAACCCCCCUGGAGGCUUCCCCAGAUCCAACAUGAUAGGGUUAAAUCCCACUUUUCUGUUCCUCCAUACCAGGACCACCGUACACCCCAUCCCAGCACCACACCCACUGCAUUGUGACUGCCUGCUUUACUAGUCGGCCUCCUCCAGGAAACUGAAAGCUCAGUGAAGGCAGAACUGCCUGGUCCACUGUUACUUCUCCACCAGAGUGCCAAAUGAUGGCUAUCAAUGGAUAGUCAUUAAUUUUUAAAUAACAGACAUGAAGGAGUUCCUGCUAAGUUCCUAAAUUGAUGCCAGUGAAAUUAGUGAGAACUCUCAACAAAAUAAAGAUAAAUUUUGUGGAGCAUUUUAGUAUAGGAGUGCUUUAAAUGAAGACCACAGAUUCAUUGACUAAUAUUUGCUGCAUCUCUUUGGGAGAAUGCAUCAACAAAGUCAUUUGAAAUGCAUAUGGGGAUCCCUUUGUUGCUUUCAUUCGGCUUUGUUGUGAAAAUUUUUGUAGGAACAUAGUUCCAAAUAAUAAAAUAAGACAAUGAAAAACAUGAUUCAAGCUAUUAAUAUUUAAUACCAUGUUUUUCAGGAUUGCCUCUGGUAUACAAAAUAAGGUCCCUUUGUCACUAAACAAUUGCAUUCUCAAGGAUUGUCCAAAGACUAGAUGGAAUGAGUAGCAUUUUUUAUAUUCACCUUCCAUUGUCUGUUUCCUCCCACAGGCAGCAUGAUGUAUUGGGAAGCAAAAAGUGUGGGCUCUAAACUUCUAUUUCCUAGCUAUGAGGCAUUAAGCAGUUUUUGAAAUUAAAAUAUAUUAUGAAUUUAUCAAAACAAAAAAACCCAAAAAGUUAACAUAAUCAGACCUGUGUACCUACUAUCCUGUUUAAGAAAUAAAAUUUUACCAAAACA